AUGACAUCCAGACAGAUGAAGACCUCUGAGUCCGCUCUGGUUCAUCUACUUCUGGGCAAACAGAGAUGUAACGUCACUUUCAUCGUGGAGAGUUCAGAGGGUAUGAGAGCAGCUCUGGGGUCAGUGAAGCGGCUGCUCAUCCAGACCCUGCUGAUGAAGGCUUCAUACAGAGACUCUCUGAUUAACAUAAUGUCAUACUCAGGAGAGGUGAGGAGGGCAAAGACUCAUCUAGACUAGACUCUGCAUUCAUCACAAGUAAUUUAAAGUUUGGGCUUUUAUACUGAAUAUCAGCAGUACUGUGAUAUCUUCUGCGACAGUAUUGAAUACAGCAGCACUCCCUCUGUUUCUGUAUUACUUAAAUAUACGGUUAUUUGGUUAUGGCUGGUAGUUGAAUGUUUGUAUAACUCUGAUACUAAAGCUGGUAAAAGUGGAGCUGAAUCUUCUUGGGUGACUAAAUGUUCCUUAUUACUCCACAGUUGACCUGCUGGUCUCAUCACAUGCUCCCCUGUUCUCCCGACACGGUCUACAUCUCUCUGUCCUGGAUUCACUCCAUCAGCUGCAGCCCCGGCAGAGACCUCCUUUCAGCCCUGAGUGUUGCCUUCAUGGACCCCAGCUGCCAUGCUGUCCACCUUCUCUGCACAGACCUUCCUGAUCAGCCCGAAGCCGUGCUAAGAGGUCUGCCCUCCCUGGCAGGUGGUCGUCCUGUGAAUGUUUUCUACCUGCUGGAAUCAGGUGCGCAGCUGGACAACCGAACUAUAGACUACCUGCAGUGUUUGACCCAGACCACCAGAGGGAGUUGUUACGUGAUUAUAGUUGGUUUGGAUGGAGCGCUGGAGAAGGUAUGGCUGCACUCACGCACUCAAAGUUGGGAAAAUCUGUUUUUCCAGUUCACUUAGUUGACAAGGUGUAAGUUAGGAAAUUUACUGCCACUAACUAAAGUGUCAAACGUUGUUUCUGCAGCUGCUCAGUUGACACCUUCCCCAUUGCACUGUAUUCAGGCAGUAAAAAGUACAAUCUAAAAAGUGUCUGUCUAAUCAGAGAUGAUCUUCCCUGCUUUUGUAGAUCAUAAAAAGGCAUUCAUGGGAAUUUCAGUCUAUUUUAAGAAUCUCAAAAAAAUCCUCAUAGGAGCUUUAACAUAACACAUUUUAACGGUAUAAGUUUGUAUUGACUUGUUGUUGAGGUCCCUGAGUGCAUGAAAGAGGUUUUUAAAUAAAGAGAGAAAUUUCAGCUGAAUAUUUGAAUUAAAACAACAAUAUCAUACAUGUUAAAAGUGUAAAAACAGUCAUAUAUAAAUGGCUGUCUGUUUCUCUGUGUGUAUAAACAUGUUUCCAGGUGGUUCCUCUGUGCGUUGUGGAAAAUCAGUCAUCAGUCUUCAUCCCACACAGCAGGUCAUCACCUCUGCCCAGGUCAGUUUCCAUGGUUACACUGCUCCUUUUUUUCUAAAUUCAAGAAAGUUUGAUGCUGUAGUGGAAAUAUUUCAUAGUUAACAUAUCCUUUAUCAUCACCUUUUUCCCCUUUACUCCUUAUACUGUUUCGAUCAUGCUUUUUUUAAAAUGAGGUUGCUUCAAUGGAAAAAUGUACAACUUAACAACCUUUUUGGUUUUAGAGACAAAAUAGACACAUCAGCUCAAAGGCAAAUAAGCUGUUUUUCUUAACUUCUAUUUGUCAUCCAGGUGGAUUCUGGGUAAUCCUUUCCCCCCUGGUGCUUGUUGUGUGCAGUCCAGUCAAACCCUGAGUGGUCCAGAGUUUUUCCCAGGGUGCCGAGUGCUGGCUAGGAGGGAGGUGGACGGUCUUUACUACCUGGGCACUUUGAUACAGCAAGUACAGGUUAAAAAAAUGGGGCACUAUUUAUCCACGCUGUUUGAGAGUAAUCAGUUUCAGAUUUUAACAAUAACUUGUUUCCCAUCUGUCGAACCUCAGGGCUGUGGGGGAGUUUGGAUCGUUGAGUUUGACCACCCAGGAAGCUCCACUUUGGGGGUCAGCCUCUCAAAGAGGCAGCUGGUCUGCUCCCUUGACAUGGUGAACCACACCAGAGCUCACACAGGUAGUCUGGUACCUGGUGAUACUGUCCUGUCACCAUGGGAACCAGAUCUGAAAAGACACGGGCCAGGGAGAGUGAUGGCAGCCACAGAGCGGAGAGAUGGUUUUGGAGGUCUGGAGUUAAGGCUGUAUUUAUUAAUUGACUGAUUUAAUGGGAUGCAGUGGUCUGAUGAUGGUCUCUAUUAUAUUACUGAAGUCAUUGAGAUCUAAAAUGAUGGACAAAUAUUUUUUAUUUGCUAUUUUUUAGUUUUAGUUUGAUUUUUUAAACAUUAAAUAUUGGACCUUAUCACUCAAAACUUGAUGCUCUUGUUUUUGCAGUUGAUGCUGUUUCCAGCCUGCGGGUCCUGAUGUGGAACGGCUCUGUGUCUCUGGUUCCUGGCACCCUGGUUUCACCUAUUUCACCCUCUCAUCACAACAGAAUAGUCCAGGAGCUCCAAAUCCAAAAGGCACAAGCUCCUGGUCAGUGCUGCAGCUGGAUCUGUGCUCGCAGUUCCUCCUACACUCCACGGCUCUGCUGCAGCUCCUGGUGUCAGUCCUGCUCUAGGGAGAGUGCGUUUCCAACCAGGUGUGGGUCCAGUUUGGGAAGAACAGAUGGACUCCAAAGGCCAGAGCAGGAUAAACAAAUGGACCAAAGUGAUACAGAUGUGAGGAAGAGUGACCCUGACGUGCUCUCCUCCUCUUCCUCUGUGUCUCUGUUUGGGAAUAAGAGCAAAGCAGUGAAUGUGAAGAGCAAACAGCAACGUCUUCCCUGGAGGUACUGGAGAAGAACUGGACCAGAACCACAACACAGACAGCCAGGUGGGAACCAUGAAUUCAAGCUAAUUAUUCAGUAUAUUACAACUUACUGAAUGUUUGUUGUUAUGAGUGACAAGAGAGGUUAGCAAAGUUACAUGUUGGAGUCUCCAGUAUGAGAGAUUUAUGGGAUUUAUCAGGAUCCUGGAUCCAAGAGCUUGUGCCGCAGUUUCUUUAAGCGUAGGUUGCUGGUGGAAAAUAGAAACUUGAAAAGCAGUUUGUGCACAAAGACAGAAAAUUGCUUCCUUUUCCAGCAGUUGCUUUUUGGGAGGUGAAAGGAGCAGCUUUUUGAGACUUGCAACAUCAAAAAAAAAAAAACUGUAUUCAUCCUAUACUGACAUCUGUGAAAACCCUCAUUGCAGCACCAUUCAGCCUCUAUCUAAAUCUAUUUAUUUUGGCUACUUUUCAAGUGAUAUAAAGUUAGGCGCAGCUUGUGAGUGUUACUUUUUACCCAGUGACAACUGAGGCACAAAUCCUGCACAAAAAGCUUCAUUCACCCCCCAAAAAUGUUGAUAGCUUAACUGCAGAACAGAUAUGAAAAACUGCAAUAAGAGAAAAAUAAGAUUAAUGUAACCAUCAUUCUGUGUUGAUCAGUCUGCUCAAGAAGCUGAAUAUUACACUUUUGUUUUUUACGUUCUGUGUCUCUGUCUAAAUCUGUAGGGGGUGCAGCGGCACCAAAGAGCACAUCACAGCCUGUGAGGUUCAGCUUCCCCGUCCCUCAGUCCAGCACCUCACCCAAUCACAGCUCUCUGUUUCAAUCACUUCCUGGUGUUAAAGGAACCAGAACGAACAUCAGGGAAGUUUUAGGAGCGACAAACUUUAAACCUCAACCACCAGCAGGACUGAGGCCGUUUUCUGCCAAUAAUGCUGCUUCUGUAUACGCCUAA